AUGCCUUCGCUGUCUUCUCGCCGCCUCACACGCAAGUGGUCGGACUGGUUCUCGGAGACUGGCGCAUACAUCCAAGACCAUCUCAACUUUUACCGCGUCCACAUUCUGGUAUUCACGUUCACGCCUCUCAUAUUUUCGGGUAUCCAGUAUGGAGCCAAUGGCAAAUAUCCAGUCGCGUACAUCGACUGCCUAUUCAACUGCGUCAGCGCUAUGUCCGUGUGCGGGCUAGCCUCAAUCGACCUCAGCAGGAUGACAGCAUUCCAGCAAGCGCUCCUGUUCAUCCAAAUGUGUCUAGGCAACCCGGUCCUUGUCUCCUGGGUCAUGGUGUAUAUUCGACGGUCGUUCUUCGCAAAGAAGUUUCAGCACAUCAUGGAAGCGAACAUUGCGCGCGAGAUGUCCGAGAAGACGCAGAGUUCAGUAAAAGUGCGGAUGCUCCCCUGGUGGCGUCGCGCCAUCCGCCGGUUCCUUCCUCGGUCUCGCGAUGUUUCGCGCACGUCGAGCGAGAAUGGCGAGCGCUCUUCGUACGAGCACCGUGGGUCGUCGUUUGCGCGCGUGCGUCCAGAGAUGAUCCGUCGCAUGGACGAUGCGCCGCGGCUGGUCAACCCUAGCGGGUGGAUCAGCGAGGGCCGCUCGGAGCCGCUCACGAUCGAUCCGACAGGAAACAAUGACUUAGUGAGAUCUGCGAUACCUGUACAAUCACCCGCUGGGCCCGCACAGGGGUUAGCGCUUGAUGCCGAACGCAGCUCCGAGUCGGAAGAUAUAGAUGAUGAGGACGACACGUCAAACCGAAGUCCGAUCAUGCCCCGCACGCAGACGGUCGAAUUCGCGCAGACGCCGUUACCUCUACGCGAGGCUCGUUCCCUUGAUCGCGCGCAGAGACAGCACCUCGAAUCAAUCACGCAAGGGCGAAGCUAUACAGGCAACUUCUCCUCCCACUCAGGUCGACGAGGAUCCAUGCGCGGACCCACCCUCUCGUUGCAGCAGAGCAUGAACUCACAGCACUCAGGGCGCCGGUCAAGCAUGCACGUCCCUGCUAUGCACAGCGGCUUCGGAGGUUUCCCGAUGCCACACCAGAUCGCAUCCCGUCUCUUCAGCCGCCUCUUUCCGAAGCUGGAGCACAAGUUGACGCGCACGCUCACGCUCCCUCGGACGCGGACCAUCGCAUCGCAGCACGGGUCGCUUGCACCAGGCGCGCGUGCCGUGUCAUACAUCAGCUUUGAGGCGACCGUCGGGCGAAAUUCGCGCUUCCGGGCGCUCACUCGUGAUCAACAGGAAGAACUCGGCGGCGUGGAAUUCAGGGCGCUCAGUGCGCUGUUGUGGAUUGUCGGCGGUUAUCACAUACUCACACAGUUGUUAGGCUUUAUGGUCAUCUCCUCCUACAUGUCAAUAUCGCGAUGGAGCGACGACUUCAAAAUACCCCAACUCUACAGGGACAUCUCGCCGGUGUGGUUUUCUGCGUUCCAGGCAGUCUCCGCGUAUACGAAUGCGGGCAUGUCUCUGGAGGACGAGUCCAUGGUCCCCUUCCAACGAGCAUACCCCACGAUUCUAGCCAUGAUUUUCCUAAUAUUAGCUGGCAACACAGCAUUCGUAGGUCUCCAGUUCCUUCUCCACGCCACAGAUUGGUUCUUCUUCCUCGUGCUUGACCUUGGAAACUCAGCAGUGACAUCAAUACCCAUCGGUGUCCGCAUCAUCGACGGCUUGCUCCAAGCUGUAGCCGUAAGAGCAGCGGGUUUUAGUGUUGUCACUCUUUCAGACCUUGUACCAGCAGUCAAGGUGUUGUACGUCAUUAUGAUGUACGUUAGCGUCUAUCCGGUUGCAAUGAGCGUACGUUCUACCAAUGUCUACGAAGAAAAGUCACUCGGGGUCUUUGAGGACGAGGACGAGUCGAUUGACGUCGAUGAAACCUUCACCCCGAGUGGCAACCGAAUGACCGUCUGGAGCCGAUACCUUGGCCAGCAUAUGCGCAAACAGCUCUCUUUCGACAUGUGGUGGUUAGGCACCGCGCUGUUCUUGAUAUGCAUCAUCGAGAAAGACAAGCUUCAGGACGACGCCAACGCCACGUGGUUCAACAUCUUCAGAAUCUUGUUCGAGACGGUGUCAGCAUACGGGGGUGUCGGCCUGAGUCUCGGGGUGCCGUAUGACAACUACUCUUUCUGCGGUGCUUUCAAUCCGCUCUCCAAGCUCAUCAUCUGUGCAGUCAUGCUGCGGGGAAGACAUCGCGGCCUGCCCGUCGCCAUCGACAGGGCGGUCAUGCUGCCUAUGGAGUAUCAUCCGGAUUUUCAGAGGUCCAACAUAGACGGCCAAGAGGACCGUUUCGAUUAUCAUCCAGCAUCCCCCAAUGGCAACGCUCGCUCGGACGCCGUGUCCGAGAAGUCGCCGCGGUCGUAUCGGCGAAAUACACCGAUGUCGGCUGGCCAAGAACACGCGCGCGGUGGCACACUAUCGCCCCGUGAGGCUAAUCCACAAAUCGCCAGACUUCAGGACGAAGAGGCAUUGUAG